UUUACUUUUGCUUCCUCCGUACUCUUCCCAAAGCGAAGAAGAAUCCGAGCAGAUCGUUUACCUCUCUAAGAUCCGUUCGGAGGUUUUCGCUUGAGCUCCGUCAUUGUCUGGAUUCUCUUCGCCGUCUUCUUCUUCUUCUCUGAUUAAUCAACAGGUUAUUACAUUAGAUCGUUUCCUUAGAAAUAUUGAUAAUUUAGUCCUUCAUGUCUCAAAGUUUAUAAGAUUGUACCCAUACAUUUAUAAAUGAGACAAAUUAACCCAUUCGAGACAGUCCAAUUCGACCAAUUGUCUUGUAACUCUAAUGCAUAGCAGUUUGAGUUUGAUUUUGAAUUGUAAUGGUUGUGUUUGUCUUAUUUCUAAAUCCAGGUUUACAAGAGAAGCAGCUAAAGUUAUGAUCAGUGUAUCAGUAGAAGGAAGUCCUGGUCCGGUAAGGACUUUGGUUAAACUGAGUUGCAAUGUCGAAGAAGUGAUCAAGAUGGUUGUGGAAAAGUACGGUAAAGAAGGACGAACACCGAAGCUCGAUAGAGAUCUUACCUUUGAACUACAUCAGUCUCAUUUCAGUAUCCAAUGUUUGGAGAAAACCGAAGUAAUUGGUGAAAUAGGUAGUAGAAGUUUCUACAUGAGAAAGAGGGAACCGGAGAAUCGGAUUACGGUGAGAAGGAGUCUUCCGUCUUCAUCGAAUUUAAUCGAAUCUUUCAUCGCACAAAAGAUUGGGAGGAUCGUGAGGAGGACAAGGAAGAUAUGGAACAUGUUGGUAUGUGCUCAAUGAACUACAAACCCGUAUUUGUUUCAUUGAUAUGUUUUGAUGGGGCAACACAUAAUAUUUACUUGUGCUAGCUCAAACUUAAUUCAAUUGGUUCACUUCUUUGUAUAAAUGUCUUCAUUGUACAACAUAGAUCUAUAUAUACCUAUAGACUAUAGGUAUAUUUAUAUAUUUGUCAAUGUACUCUACUACGA